AUGCCCAGAAAGGACGGCAUAACCGCCACCUCCGAGAUUCGCGCUUUGGAGACGUCGGGAAAGUUGCAACGAAAACAUAUCAUCGUUGCAUUGACUGCUGUCGUGAACACGGAGUCUAGAGCUAAGUUCAAAGAGGCAGGAGCUGAUGAUUUCUUGGCCAAGCCGUUGAGUUUGGGUGGGUUGAAGGAUGCGUUGGCUGUGCAUUUGGGGUGUUAA